UACGCGCUGUCUGCCGUCUGCCCUGUACAGUGAAAACCGGGAUUCAUCCACAAAGAGAGAAAACAUCUCCAAAGUGCCAGAUGCCAUCGAAUGUGAGCAUUUACCCACUUAAGUUGGAAACGAAGACGAACUGCAGUCAGACCCCGAUGAGGACAACAAGCAUGCAGAUGAGCUUCCCUGAGAUAGUUUCUGACAGUUUGUGCAGAGAUUCUUUGGUUAUACAAACCGAUUGUUGCAGCAGCCAUCUGGGGGUCUGGUCUCAGAGUAUCGUGGAGGUGAGGAUGCUGGAUGUGGAGGUCCUGGGCUGGUGUGGUUACAUGUGGUCUGCAGUCGUGAGGUCGGUCAGAUUUACUGCCAAAUUCUCUGAGACGCCUGUGGAGACGUAGAGAAAUGAUCAUUCAUAUCACGGGCAACAGCUCUGGUGGACAAUCCUGCAGUCAGCAUGUCAAUUGCAGGUUCCCUCAAAACCUGCAACAUCUGUGGCCUUGUGUUGUGUGAUAAAACCUGCACAUGUGACCUUUUAUUGUGACCAGCCUAAGUCACACCUGUGUAAUAAUCAUGCUGUCUAAUCAGGAUAGUGAUAUGACACCUGUGAGGUGGAUGGAUUUUCUCAGCAGAUGAGACGUGCUCACUAACACAGAUUUAGACAGAUUUGUAAACUAUAUCUGAGACAAAUUGGCCUUUUGUGUCCAUAGAAAAAGUCUUAGAUCUGCUUAUGAACAAUGGGACAAAAACAAAAGUGUUGUGUUUAUAAUUGUGUUCAGUGUAUAUACCAAGUUUACAGAUUUACUAGUAAUAAUAUGUUAAAAGUGUUGUUUUAAAGUCAAUUUGUUCCUAUAAUAAUUAGUCCAGUAUCGAUUGUUUGUUAAGGUCACAUCACUUCAGGAAUUUCUGGCCAUAAUGUGAGAUCUUUGUCUUUUUCAGUACAAGACAAUCCCAUAUUAUACAGGACAGGGACAACCCUACUCUAGAUACUAGUUAGUUAGCUGUAGUUAAACACUAACUUUACCCAUUUUAAUGUCCUCAACAUGUAGAUGUGGACUGCAGUGUCACUUUAACCAUAUUGUCUAACUGGUGUUUGUACUUUCAGUAUUUAUAACAAUGAGAAGGUUCAGUGAAAGCUUUGAGGACGAGUUUGAUCAUUUGUGUGAGUUCAUUAUGUUUUAUUUUAUUCCCUUUAGUAUCAGCUGUGAUGAACUUGGAUUAGAAAGUUGGUCACCUCUGGUCUCAGCGCUCAGAUCAGAAACCUCCAAUCUGAGAGAACUUCAUCUGACUGUGGAAACACUGGAUCUGUCUGGGAAUAAACUAGAAGACUCAGAAGUGAAGAUUCUCUGUGCUGUACUGGAGAAUCCUCACUGUAAAGUGGAGUCACUGGGGUUGUGUAGGUGUGAUGUCUCAGAUGAAGGCUGUGCUGCUCUGACUUCAGCUCUGAGAUCAAACCCCUCACACCUGAGACACCUGGAUCUGUCUGAUAAUAAACUAGGAGACUCAGGAGUGAAGAUUCUCUCUGCUGUACUGGAGAAUCCUCACUGUAAACUGGAGACACUGUGGUUGUAUAAGUGUGGUGUCUCAGAUGAAGGCUGUGCUGCUCUGACUUCAGCUCUGAGAUCAAACCCCUCACACCUGAGAGAACUGGAUCUGUCUGAUAAUAAACUAGGAGACUCAGGAGUGAAGAGUCUCUCUGCUGUACUGGAGAAUCCUCACUGUAAACUGGAGACACUGGGGUUGCGUGAGUGUGGUGUCUCAGAUGAAGGCUGUGCUGCUCUGACUUCAGCUCUGAGAUCAAACCCCUCACACCUGAGAUACCUGGAACUGUCCUAUAAUAAACUAGGAGACUCAGGAGUGAAGAAUCUCUCUGCUGUACUGGAGAAUCCUCACUGUAAACUGGAGACACUGAGGUUGUAUAAGUGUGAUGUCUCAGAUGAAGGCUGUGCUGCUCUGACUUCAGCUCUGAGAUCAAACCCCUCACACCUGAGAGAACUGUAUCUGUCCUAUAAUAAUCUAGGGGACUCAGUAAAGAAGCUGCUGUCUGAUCUUAAGGAUGAUGAACAUUACAAACUACAGACAGUGAUGUUGUAAUGAAUAUCUGUGUGUGAUGAAGACUCCAGUGUUCCUGCAUUACCAUGAUGGAGAAUAGAGAACAUGUUUAUUAACACAUCACUCAUUUAGUUCUAACACAUUAAACACACACAGAGACGUGAGAAGUGUGUGUUCAUCGUGUACAGUGAAUCAGACUAAACACAAUUCUACACUGAGUUUAUAAUGACCUCUGAUCCCUGGAUAAAAUUCCCUGGACCUCAAUCCCAUAAAAACCUGAGGGAUUAUUUGUAACAGCAGGUGAAAAGCCACAUGAACUCGAGCUGAACCCUGUUCAUUUUACUGUUUGUGUCAUUUAUUAUGUGUUUAUUAUUGUGAUAUAAUUUACACUUUUUACACAUGUAUACUUAUAGCUAUAUUACUGGGUACAUAACUAACAUUAUAUUGUAUAAAGGCACUUAAAAUGUCUUGUAGAAAUACAUCAUACAUUUAGAAGGAAUGAAUUACAUCAUAUUAUAAAAGGAUGAAUUUAAAUAAUAAAAUAAUAAAACUUCAUUUCUUUCCCUCACUGAUUAUGAUAUAAACUAUAGAGUUAAUGUGCUUCUUUUCUCUCAUUCUAUUUUCAGUGUAAGUUUUGCUCGUGUCUUGUCGUCUAUAUCCAGCUCUGUGAACUUUUAUUAAAAAAUACAAUAAAAAUAUAUUUUUAACUAUAUUUUAUUCACAACGUGCUUCUAAUGAACGUUCUGUUAUUUUGUUUAUACCUGAAUACUGAAUAAACAAUUAUUAACACA